CCGGUCAUGUGCGUUUUUCCCUCCCUCCCUCUCCCUCUCUCCCCUUCACUCUCCUCCUUCACACCAAAGCCGUCAACUGUACUGCACAGUCUGCACUCCGCCGACUUUCCUGAUCCCGCCAGCACGAGCGCCCCUGUCCACCAGCUCGCCUAGUUUCCCCGAGCGAUCGAAUCAUUCGGGUAUAAUGUCUUCUCAGCUGUCAUCUUUGCUUUUUUCGGGUGGUGGGAAUUUCAAUGGCCCUCUCACCUUGGCUAGCUGUUGGAGGCCAGUUAAUUGCCAAUCGUUUUGAGCAGCAUGAUGUUCGAAUAUUACCUACGGAGAUUGAGGUUCAAAUGUACUUGGUUGUGGUAAAUCACUUUGAAAUUAAUUGGGAAACUGGAACUGUGCCCGUCAAUUGAAGUCAUUUGGUUGCUGCAUCUAGUGAGGGUUUGGAACUGUGGAUGUCAUAAGUAAUAUUGUGGAUAUUUCAAGACGUUUUAAUGGAGCUGAAAGUUUCAUCUCUAAAGCCAGUGAGUGUGUCAGUGAUCCUGAGGAUAACAAAGUCAGCGAUGAUUAUGAUUGAAACCAUAAGCAUCGUAUGCAGGGGACACUUUCUCAUUCUUUGGAAAGAGAUGCUCUGGAACAUGUGGUAACAAGGCCAUAUAGAAAAGGCAACAAACCUUUCGAAAAUGGGCAUUUUUUCAGGGAAAAUGAAUCUCAAGCGAGUGAGAAAGACUUAUCUUCAAAGUUUGAAAGAAGACACCCUGGCUUAAUGUCACUCCCUCAAGCCUCUUUGGAUUUAAAUCAAAGAUUUCACGCAAACCAAACAUUUUCUGGAGCUGGUCCUGGUAGGGGAUGAGGCAGAGACUCUGGUUCUUGGAGCCUACGUGAUUCUAGGUUCAGCUCAGUUGACAUUGCAUCUCAAAUGGUUCAGCAGGGGUACAUUCCUCCAAACCUAUAUAAUGGAAGAGGGUUGCCAAAUGUUUCAAAUGCACAGAGUGCAUCCUGGAAUGCUUUUGGAUUGAUUACGAGAGUACCAACUGGUGGUAUGGAUGCGCUCCAUUCCAUUGGUUUGCAAGGACCACUGGGACCACCCAUCAAUUCUUCAAUGAAUAUGGGCAUUCCUCGCCAACGCUGUAGAGACUUUGAAGAGCAUGGAUGUUGUCUGAGAGGGGACAUGUGCCCCAUGGAGCAUGGUGUCAAUCGGAUUGUUAUUGAAGAUGUUCAGGAAUUGGCUCCUUGGGCCUCAUGACUUCUGUGUUGUUAGCCUUGACAGGAAGACAUUAGAAGCUGAGGCAGCUCAUGGGACUGUAACUCGGCAUUUCCGAUUUCAUCAGAAGGGGCAAGAAACCAGUACAAACAGCAUUGCUUCUAUAUUUGCAUGGGCACGAGGGCUAGAACAUAGUGAAGUUGCACUUGUGCAACAGCCCCAGCAACUCCUGCGACAAGCAUAACAUGAACGGUCCCGGGAAUUUUGGUGAAAUUUUUGUUUGAAGUAGGAAUUUGGGAGUACUAUGGGCAGGCACUUGCGGCAGUGGACGAAGAAGCCCCGGGGAGGGUUGGCAGAAGCACAACAGGAAAAUCCAUCGGAAUUUGGGUAUAGGGCAGGAGGGUGUGGGUGAAGAUGGGGGUUGUCCAACUCCUGCGGUAGCUUUGCACAUGAUUCGUGCAGGGAGAAACCCACAUAAUUCCCUGUAAUCAGCGCAAUAUUCAUCGCAUGCUUGGCAUAAAGAUGUUUAUUGACUGUGGGACAUAAAUGUUGCUGCAUUUCAUGGCAGCCUGAACUUGAAGGGGUCCUGUCCUAAUUACCUCAUAUGACUAUGAAUAAUGGUUUUGAAUCAGUC